ACCUUCCUCCCCCUAUCUAUUUAGUGGGGAUAGACACAAGUGAGCUUUAUUUCCCCCUUUUUUUCUUUUAGGUGGGGUUUCAAAUUGCAUAAUAUAUGUCUCAUUAGUUACAUAACUUACUAGCAAACAUGAAGAACAUGGAUUGGUAUUCUUGGUUAUCCAAGAGUAGCCUUGAUCAAGAACUUAUCUAUGAGUAUGGUCUUGUUUUUAGUAGAAAUGAGCUUCAAAAGGAGGACUUGAUUUACUUCAAUCAUGAGUUCCUUCAAAGUAUGGGGAUAAUUGUAGCCAAACAUAGGCUAGAGAUUCUAAAAUUGGCUCGAAAGGAAGGCGGAGGCGGAAUCGGAGGAGGAGGAACAAGUUCAUCAUCAAAUGGUCUUUCAAGACUUGUUUUGGCAAUCAACAAAACCAAGAAGCUACUUGCCAAGAACUUGAGCAAGCUCAGUAUCCACAGAGUUUCGACUCGUCUAGCUCUCUCCGAGCUCAAACCUUAUCGAACACAAUGGACCGGAGCACUAAGGAAGCUCGAGAGCUCGAAGGAAGAGAAAGCCAUAGUCACAACAAGAAGCAUGAUAAUGAACUCAGGACCACUAGACAGAAGAAUGCAAGACAAAUUUAUGGCCACCAACAGAAAUCUGAGUGCCUCAGGUCCUCUAGAUGGGAGAGUACUUCAAGAAAAGUUGAUGUACCCUAAUAGAAGUCCAAUGAAGUCUGGUCCAUUGGACAGAAGAUACAAAGACAGUGCUGUUUAUCCAAGCAGAAUCAAUAAAUCUGGACCAUUGGAUGCAAUGGGAUAUAAUAGCCCAAGAGUUAAUCACUAUAAUCAAGAAAUGAUGCCUGAUGAUGGAGUUAUCUACUCACAAUGGUCUUUAAUGUUUCAAGAUAUGAAGCCCACUUGACAACUCAUAUGAAGCUUUCAUCUUGUAAGACUUGCUGCAAAUUAAAGUAUCCUAGGUUAGUAUGUUUGUGUGUGUUUUACAACUGUGGUGUCGGUCCGGGGCCAGCUUUUUGCACACCUCGACUAAUUCCACGAGAUACCUACCACCUCCACAAUCACCUAGUUUAGUAAAGAGUGCAUUUUAAAGGUAUAUGGCACACAAGCAUGGGGUUUGCUGUCUCAACAAAUCCUUGUUCUGUUGUAACCUUUUUUUCUGCAUUUGUGUACUUUGAAAGUCUUGAACUUUAAUAUCAAAUAUGUAUGAUGGUUGUUUCAUAUUGAACAGAAAAAUGAAUUUUUAAGAUCUA